UGCGCACAAGCACUUCAACUCUACUAAAAAAAGCCUUACUCUCUCGUUUCGUUCUCGUACAGUGAGAUGGCGAAGAAGAAAAGGAGAGACGAAUCGGAAGAGGAAAUACAGGCACAAGCAGAGGAAGAGAAGAAAGCAGGAAACGGAAUGGAGCUCGUCAAUGGCGAUUCUAAUGGGAAGAAAAAGAAGAAAAAGAAGAGAGAGAAAGAGAAAAACAACAUCGAACCAAAGGAGAAGAAUGAUCAACCCACCGUCAGCAUAGCUGUGUCGGGUUCAAUCAUUGACAACGCGCAGUCCCUUGAACUUGCCACCAGAUUGGCAGGUCAAAUUGCCCGAGCUGCAACCAUUUUUCGAGUAAAUGAGGUUGUUGUAUUCGACAACAGGAGUACACCAGUGGAUGAAUUAAGUGUUACAACAACAGACAAUUCAUAUGGGAAUGAAAGUGGUGCAGCUUUUCUUAUAAGGAUCUUGAGGUACCUAGAGACACCACAAUAUCUGAGAAAGAGUCUUUUUCCGAGACAUAACAGCUUAAAGUUUGUGGGUCUAUUACCCCCACUUGAUGCCCCACAUCAUUUGCGCAAGCAUGAAUGGGCUCCAUAUAGGGAAGGUGUCACACUAAAGGAGCAAGCUCUAAACUCAGGGGAAACACUUGUUGAUGUGGGGCUAAGUAAGAAUGUUGUGAUUGAUCAAGUAAUUGAACCUGGAACAAGAGUAACUGUAGCUAUGGGAACCAAUCGACAUCUCGAUGCAGAUCGACCACGCCAGAUUGUCUUAUCUUCCAAGCCUAUGGAAGAAGGGGGAAUGUAUUGGGGUUAUAAAGUACGGUAUGCUUCCAAUAUCAGUUCUGUAUUAAAGGACUGCCCAUAUAAGGGUGGAUAUGAUCAUCUGAUUGGUACCUCGGAGCAUGGUCUUGCUGUUGAUUCUUCAGAACUUACUCUACCUUCUUUCAGGCACCUUUUAAUUGCUUUUGGCGGACUUGCUGGGUUAGAAGAGAGUAUCGAAGAAGACAAUCGCUUAAAGGGGAAAAAUGUGCGUGAGGUAUUCAAUUCAUACUUCAACACGUGUCCCAAUCAAGGAAGCAGAACAAUUCGAACAGAGGAAGCUAUCUUUAUAUCACUGCAAUAUUUUCAAGAACCAAUCAAACGUGCAUUGCAGAGAUCUGAACAUCAAAGUAAGCAGCAUUAAACCAUCCGAACAGCGAAUCAUUGAGAACCUGAGCGACCAUCCUCAAGCUAGUUUCUGACACCAAAGAGAGACAAUGCAUUUUAUAUACAAGCGGAGGACUGCCUAGGAUAAUGAGUUUGGAAGGUUGGUUAACUUUGCUGUUGAGGUGCAGCCUCUGUCAUUGAAGCAUUUCAGAUUUUCAAAUCACACAUGGUAAUUUGUACUAGCUCUAAAUGUGCAAGUGUUGUAAUAGACAUUUUGUUUCAGAAAGACCUGCCAACUGUUUGCUCUGGGUUUUAUUUCAAUAAUUUUUGUUAUCAA